UCGCAACCCAAAACGCUCUCGCGACAAUUAUCAUCAUCAUCAUGGCGCCGCCACUAAAAGUCCUCGUAGUGGGACCCAAGGAAGGCGGCAAGUCCGCGAUUGCAAACUUUCUCAGCGAAAGCACAGAUCGGUUGGGCAACCAGGAAAAGUACCAACCCACGGUGGGCGUUCGGGUUCUCGAGUGCGAAAAGACGAAUGGACGCGCCCAAGCUAGCGUCGAAAUCUGGGACUGCUCGGGCGACCAAGUGUACGAAGCUUGCUGGCCCGCGAUUCUCAAAGACGCCUCCGCUACGAUCAUCGUGUACAACCCCGACAGCCACGUCCACGAAAGCGAAGUGACCCUCUGGUACGAGUGGUUUGUCCAGAACGCGGCGUUGGAGCCAGCGCAAUGCCUUGUGUUUGCCCACGCCAACGGCAAGGUCGCGGCGGCCACCAGGGGCAAAGUGAACUUGCCGCCCAGCGUGAAAACCAUCCAGACCAACUACGAAUCCCCGGGGGUGCUCAAGUCUGAGUUUGACGCGUUUGUGUUUGGCGUCAUGGAGCAACUGCAGCAACGCCAAGGGCGCACGCGAAAGUAGUGUGGUUGGUUUGUCCUACCAGUUGAAAUUCACGCUAUAAAGACAGUGUCAAAACAGUCGGUUAGUUGGGUGGUUGGUUGGGUGAAUGCAUGAUGGAUGAGUCGUCGUUCCA